CCAAGCCACAUCAACAUCAUCACCACCAUCAUCACGUAUUCAAAUCAAUAAUAAUAACAAACAGCAAUGCAGUGCCCACCCCCUUACGCCGGCAUUCAGUACCUCCCUACGUAAACCCAAACGCCAUCCACGAAUGGCGGGAAUGCGUCUACCAACAAUAUGCCUGGCCUUGCAACCUGGACCUUGAUUCCAAACAACAUGCCAUGCACUGGCAGUGCCCAGGCAUCCAUCCUUCGAUCAGCCAGUGUGAUUGUGGCACAAAAUUAGCGAGGAUCCCCAGAUCGCAGCCGGCUACUAUAAUAACUGGUACAUAUCUUGGUGGAUCGACUCCCCCCGGCAGCGCUACUCUCUACCGCUCCACGCUCAGAUGUUCGGCCUGCGCACGAUCACGACACAGGAGUUGACGAGACUGUACAUACCUGUAAUAUAGAUAUUGAUCUGCCCUCGAGUUGCCGACCGCCUUGAGACCUCCCGGGCUCCCUCACUCUCGAAAGUCCCACGCGACGUUGGACACACCUACCUUCACAGGAUACCUCCGAAGCCUUGCAGCCUGCCCAACGUGCCUCAUGGGUUCCUUGAAUCAACAUCACCUUGAUUCCAUCCGACCGCCCUACCCUCGCUCGUCCUCCUCCUCUCACACGCCCUUCCGGCUGGACGAGGGCUUCUCAGAAGAAACUGCCAGCCAAGAUGAGAAUGGACGAAAUAUGUUCGCCGCCACCGCUGCCCAGUUCUCCGAUUGGGUCAUGGCCCAGAACGAAGCUGCGCGGGCUGAAAUUGCAUACGAAGUCUUGCGGACACUUCGAACCUCACAGAUUGCCGCAGUGGUAGAGCGCCUGACACCGCUUCUGCAUAUGGAUCCGCUGGAGAAACUGCCGCCUGAGAUCACCUGCGAGAUCUUCUCUUACCUGGACGCUCAAACCUUGCUGACAGCCUCGCUGGCAUCGCACACAUGGCGUGCACGCAUCAUGGACCCCAUGCUGUGGCAAGACCUAUACAGAAGCCAAGGUUGGGGUCUCAACGCAGCUGAAAUUAAGCAGUUUGAAACUAGUCAUUCGGCUGCUCUCCGCCCCAACUCAAGGAAGGCACGAGGGCAAUUCUCCGGGCAACCCCAGUUGAAGAAGCGCGCCACAUCAGACUGGCUCGAUGCAAAAGGUCGCAGAAUCUCAGCGGAUGUUUCUCAUUGGCGGGAACAGCACGGUGUCGUCGAGGCAGAUACAGACAUGCGGUCCGACUCCGAUGACCAGGAGAUGCAGGACGCACCGGGUUCUAGUUCCCAGAGCCCGUUCCAGCGCCCGAACAAACGCCAUAGUCAAGACUCGGGAGAUGAAAUGUAUUACAGCUCUCCCAUCAGAGCCGAAGACCGAGACAAGCGCAGAGAACAGCAGCCAUACUCGCACGAACCUCCUUUCAGGUCAAAAUUGACCGUACAAGACCCUCACGGCGCGGACCGUCUUAACUGGAUGCACUUAUACAAGCAGCGCCAGAAACUUGAGCAGAAUUGGUUGAAGGGUCGGUAUAUCCCGUUCCAACUUCCCCAUCCUUCUCAUCCAAAUGAAGCUCACACGGAAUGCGUAUAUACGAUUCAAUUCUACGGAAAGUGGCUUGUGAGCGGCAGCCGCGAUAAAACACUACGCAUCUGGGAUCUGGAGACGCGGCGCCUACGAGGGAGGCCACUGGUGGGUCACUCGCAGUCUGUACUAUGCUUACAAUUUGAUCCCACGGAAAACGAGGAUAUCAUCAUUUCUGGAAGCAGCGACGCCAGCGUAAUUGUCUGGCAGUUCUCCACUGGGAAAAAAAUUCAUGAGAUCUCAUCCGCGCACGACGAGUCGGUGUUGAAUCUGAGAUUCGACAAACGCUACCUGGUGACUUGCUCCAAAGACCGCCGGAUCAAGAUAUGGAAUCGUCAUGCCUUGGUUGCAACCGACCCAGAUUAUCCGAAGAUCAGCCGGGAUAGCACAGCUAGGGUCCCAUCUUACAUCGUCAACACCAGCAAUAUGGAACCCUCUUUGUUGGAAGCACGCGUCGCCGAUGGCGCCAUUCGAGCUCUGAAGCCGUAUAUGCUUCUACUGACAUUGGUGGGCCAUGGUGCCGCCGUCAACGCUAUUCAGAUCAAUGGCGAUCUUAUAGUUUCUGCCUCUGGGGACAGACUGAUCAAAAUUUGGAGCUCUCGAAACGGCAAACUCCUGAGAACACUACAAGGACACCAGAAAGGCAUCGCCUGUGUACAAUUUGAUAGCAAGCGGAUCGUCAGUGGCAGCAGUGACAACACUGUGAGAAUUUAUGAUCCGUAUACCGGUGCGGAGGUUGCCGAGUUAAAAGGACAUACAAAUCUUGUCCGGACCGUUCAGGCGGGAUUCGGUGAUCUUCCCGGAGCCGACGGUGAGUACAACGUCAGAGCCAGAAGGGCGGAGAGAAAGUACCUUGAGGACCUCUCCAAUGGCUUGAUUGUUGAAGGCAGGAAUUACAGUCGCGAGCUUCGGAGAGGCGCCCAUGGAACUUCACGGCUUGCCCUAGGCGCGAAACUUCCCCCAGGCGGAGGUGGCAGCAAAUGGGGGCGAAUCGUGUCAGGUUCUUAUGAUGAGUCUAUCAUCAUUUGGCGAAAGAAUUCUGGCGGCGACUGGGUUAUUGGGCAAGUUCUGCGUCAGAAUCCUGCCACUCGAGAAGCUCCUGCAGAGAGCAGACGGCGAGGAAGUCAACCUGCAGCGGCAACGGCGGCGAAUGCUGUUGCAUCCGUCUCACAACAUGUCCGAAAUCAGUCGGCCGCUAAUGUGACGCAUGGGCAGCAAGCUGCUUCUUCAUCCUCCAAUCAAGGCCCUGCGGGAGCCGCUCAUCCAGCUGUCAUGUCGGCCUCGCAGAUUGUGCAACAAACCGUUGGAACUUCAAUAGCCAGUUUGGGGGCUGGCAUCUCAAAUGUCAUGGGCAUUAGUCGAGUUUUAAAUGCCCCCUUGCCUGAACAGAGUAACUCCAGCCGCGCAACAACCACGCAAAGUUUCAAUUCGAGUCUGACCAUCAGUGGCAGCUCACCACAGGCUCUCAGUCAAGCUGCGAUGGCUCACACCCAGGCUGCUGUCAAUCAAGCAGUCCAGCAAGCCUUAGCCCAAGCAGGACAAGGUCGACCGUCAAGUCACAACCAUCCUCUUGCUCAGGGUUCAAGCCAGCAUCAUCACCAAGAGCCACACCACCAGACCACCGCCACUUUUCCCGCAAAUGCCCUAAAUCACCAGGCCAAUUCUCAUAAUCUCCCUAAUCAACCUCACCAAAACGCCCUUCCUCAACAUCAUCCUCCGCAUGCGACACCCGGACACCAGCAGCAGCAACCCACGCACGCCGCCCAAGGCCAAGGCCACCAUCAGCAGCAGCAUAGCUCGGGGUCUCGUGUGUUCAAGCUACAAUUCGACGCAAGACGGAUCGUCUCGUGUUCGCAGGACAGUCGCAUCGUGGGAUGGGAUUUCGCCAACGGAGAUCCAGAGAUCAUGGAGGCAUGUCGCUUCUUUGCAGGACCCUAGAAUCAAUCAUUACAUACUUUCCUAGACACCUACACGGCUUCUUACUGCCAUUGCGAGGAUACAUUCUGAUUCUGAAACCUAAAUAUCUCCCAAUUCCUCAUCGUAGCUAGCAUACGUUUCGCUUCAUCUCACCAAGCAAAUGCCUCCUCGAUAAGAUCCACAUCGAAUCCUUUGCCAGUAGCCUUCACAACCGCUUUGCGCACAUCAUCGGCCAUUCCACCCGGCGCACAAACCAAAACGGCCGUACAGUGACCGACAUCUAGACUGGAAUUGAGGACAUCGGAAACCGGCAUACGGCUGCCGCGUACUAAUGUCUUGUCGAAUGUGCGUGGCAGUGGAAUGGUAGAAACAUCCUUGAGACUAUUACUGCCCGAACCAGCGGGAGAUGUCGAACGUGGAUCAUCUAUCGACUUGGUGACUUGGUCUUUCUCGUUCGUGUUAUCAACCCGUUCAGAACCAGACGGAAUGUUCUCCUGGUAUUGUUUCUGUUGCUGUUGGGAGGGCAAAGACCGCGUUUCCACGCCAGUGUACCAUACAUUGUAUUCGACUCGCUUGGCUGUAUCAGAAGUUGAAUCACGGUCUUCAGCAUCUGCCGCGUAUUCAGCUAGGAUGCUGUCCACAUGGCCAAUAAGCCCGGCCUCUCUUGCCGACCAUGCCAGAAUGAAUCGUGUCGUUUUGUGCAUGAGCUCUGUUUUUGCACUGCUCUUUCGAGACGCAAGAUAGUUCUUGACAAAUCCCAACGCGAAAGUCACGCCAAUGCCUCCCGCGAUGCAAAGCACAGUGUCAGCAGUAAUGAGCGGGUACAGGGUCUGCAUGUGUCCGGCAUAUGGACCUUCGGUUAGAAUCACAGGGCCGGAAGUGUGACUGGACCGGUGCUGUGGAACCGGGUCAUCAAGAUGAAGAAGGGACUUUGUAGUCCCCUGUCGCACGCGCAGCAGGAAGCGUAGAUAGAAUGUGCCGGUGUCGUACUUGUCCUGCUUUUCAAGAGAGUCCCUCGCCCUCUUCCAGUCGGUGAUGGUAUGGUCGGCAGGAGUAGCCGUGGUGAUGGCCUGCGUAGUUUUGCCAUGAUGGACAUCCUUUUCAGCCACAUCGAUCUCAGAUGAGACCCGUUCACUGUGGUGUGGCUCUUCCACGCUCCCACCGGCGCCGUUCAAGAAACCCCAGUCGGCAAUCGUGAAUGGAUGGCUCUCCCAAAACUUGCCCGAUGCAGGGAAAUACAAGAACGUAUGCAUCCCCGGCCGUAUCGCUAGUUCCCAGUGUCGGCCAGGAAACAGCGUCAGCUGGACGAUGUCUGUGUUUGGAAGUCGAUGAAUUUGAACUGCACGCGGGAUACGUGGCGGUUGAGUUGAGUGCAAUUUGACCGAGCCAGAUCCGAAACCUUGUGACGAUGUCCAUGGCCAAUUAUUGAACAAGGCCACUCGUAUGAUCCUCAAAAGGCGAUCGAACCCCCAGAACGCGAAACAAAGGUACAGCCAUACCUCGUAACCCCAUUGCUUGUUGUACCGCAGGUCAACAUGAUACCACGAGCCCACGAGGGCGAGGAUGGCGAGGGCAAUGUGGGUGAUGAGAAAGAACUCGUACCAUCCUAGCCGGACAGGCAGGACCGCCAGUCCAAGCAUGAUCCCGAGCGCCACUGUUGCGAUAAUGCCCCACCAGUAAUAGGCCUUUGCGGCUUCGGCGUAGUACGAUCUCGCACUUCCAUUCGGAUCUUCCCAGAAAUAGACGACUGUGUAGACGAUAGAGUGGACGAUGGCUUGGACGGUAGCAAUACGCGAGGCCCAGCGGUGGAGAGUUAGAAAGGUGGUUUGCGACCAUCCCGUAAUCCAGAUCAAGAUGUUGUUCCGGCCUGCGAAGAGAGUGGCAAUUGCUAGAUUCGCAAAGCUGAGUACACCCGUCCGAUUGCCGACAUAGGCAGCUACCUGUCGCCGAGUCUCGGUCCACCAGGUGUUGGGUAGAGCGAGAGGGUAGUCCACACAGCAAAAGAUGACGUUGAGAACGACGU